CGCUAAGUUAUUAAGAUAAGUUGGCCUGAUUUUGAAUCUAUAAGUAGACGGUGCUUAUACACUUUUUAAAACUCCGUUUGUAGUUGGUUCCCAUUAAAUUAUUAUUUGUAAAACGUGUGGAUGACCUCAACAUAUGACGGAUUCAGAUCUUUCUUACAUAUGUGUUAAAAAAAAUCUAUCACCGAUCCAAUUGUUUGAGAAAUGGUUAGAAGAGAGCAAAACGUACGGCAAAGGGUCUCAAGUAUUCAAUCUUGCCACAGCUGACAAGGAAGGAAAUGUGUCCAACAGGAAUAUUAUACUGAGAGAUAUAAAAGAUAAUUGCUUAAUCUUCACCGCAAAUCGUCUAGGAAACAAAACUACACAUAUAGAAUUGAAUCCAAAUGUCGCCGCAUGUUUUUUGUGGAUGUACUCAAAGGAUGAAUCCUUCAUUUCUAGACAAGUGAGGUUGGAGGGCCGAGCAGAGGAAAUUCCAAAAUCGGAUUUGAACCAAUACUUCGACACUGAACCUUUAUAUUGCCAACUGAGGUACCACAUCUGCGACCAAAGUCAACCAGUGCACUGGAAGGAACUGAAAGCUAAGCACGACAAGCUAUAUUCCCAAACUUUGGAACAACCAGCCCUGCCAGUUGCUGAAAAUUAUAUUGGAUAUAAAAUAAUUCCUAACAAGUGGGACUUCUACCAUGCGGAUGGCAACACCAUUGCGGAUAGAAUUACGUUCACUCUUGAUAAGGGAACUGAAUCUUGGAUUAAGCAACGUGUUGCAGCUUAAGUGUACUUUAUCUAUGUAGCUUGAUUACUUAAUUUUUGAUGUUUGUUACGAUAUAUACAUCUCAAUCGUCAAUUUAAAUUGAACUGUGAAUAACUGUUUGUUA